UUUCGAUUUGAGCAGUUUUCAAUUCUGGGAGAUCUUCGCUUCUGCUAACCACCGGCAAAAAAGGACCUCCAGCUCAGUUUCUGCCUGUCACAGAGCUGUUAAGACAAGCCCAGGCUCAGAACAGUCUCUGCUGUUUGGACUUCAGUAUGGAGGAUAAAUUUUAUUCAUGUAACAAUUUGGAGGAACCACCUACUUCUGCUGUCAUGUCAGAAAACUGCAGUUUCUCUCAGGUCGUCUUUGUAGACGUAAAGAAAUUCUAUGCUCCUGAAAAAGAUGUAACUUGCUAUUAUAACAUUUCCCAGUCCUUCAUACCUAGCAAGAACGAUUGGGUGGGCAUAUUCAAAGUGGGAUGGAAGGCAACCCGUGAAUACUUCACAUUCAUUUGGGCCCCUGAGUUGAGUGAUUCUGAGAGCGGCUAUGCUGAACAACAGAAAGUGCUCUUUAAAGCCUACUAUCUGCCAAAGGAUGAUGAGUAUUAUCAGUUUUGCUAUGUGGAUCAAGAUGGGCAAAUCCAUGGGGCCAGUGUCCCCUUUCAAUUCCGUGAUGAGGCUAAGGAUGACAUACCAGUAGUUACUAAAGAGGGGGAAGGGGAGAAAAUAAAGCAGCAAAAUGAAACAUUGCUUCAAGAAAAUGACAACCUGAAGAAGAACCUAGCAAGUCUCCAGGAGAAGAACGUGCAUCUUCAAGAAGAACUUGUGGCAGCUAAGACUCUUCAAGAUAAAGUGAACACUUUAGAGGACAAGUGUGAGAAACUUGAAUCCCAAAAUAAAGAUCUGGAAAAGGAGAAGAAUGCCAUAAAGGAAGACCUGAUGCAGAUCAAAAUAGGGAAAGAAUCUGCAUUAUCUCAGAAAGAACAGCUGGAAAACCUUCUGAAAACCACCUUGCAUCAAAAAGAAGAAUUUCAAUUACAAGUGCACAUGCAACAGAAGGAGAUUGACAACCUGCAGGAUCGCAUUAAAGAUAAAGUAAUGGACCUGGAAGAAUUGAAGGGAGAGAAUUAUCAAUUAAAUGCUGCCUUGUUUAGACAGCAAAUGUUGAACAACCUCCAGGAAGAACAAACACUUACACUUCAAAUCCUGAAGAAGCAAAAAGAUGACCUAGAGCACGAAAAUCAGAAAUUAUGGCGAGAAAAUGAGAUGUUGAGGGCACGCCUCCCUGCAAUACGCAGUCCACCUCCUGGAUUCCUCCUAUCCCAGUCACCACCUAACUCUGAGCUUCUGUUUAGAAAUCCAUUUUCUGCACCACCAGAAAUGGACCCGGUCCCUCAGAAAAAGUGUCCCAUAUGCGAGGAAGUCUUCCCUAAUGACAUCGAGCAACAGCAAUAUUUGGAUCAUGUGCAAAAUCACAUUCUCGAAUGUCCAUUUUGCGAUUUAACCUUUCGCAGCUCUGAGAAGCAAGUGUACAAUGACCAUGUCUUUUGCCAUUGCUUAGACCAGGAUUAAGCCUGCUUGCAUCACCUAAGAUAUUACACUAAUGCCUUUUUUUCUUUCCUUUUCUCUCCUUUGUAUGAUCUGGCAGGGAUAGAUACUUAAUAUGCUAAAAUUGACAAAACAGACUGAAGUCUGUUGUUGGGCCUAAGGUACUGAUUACUUUAAGUUUCUUGUGAUACAUGUGUUAAAAUAAAUUUGAGUUUUUGCUUUCGAAGCAGAAUUUCCCAUAGCACAUGUGCUUUAGCACGAGUCUGAAAGUUUGGAAGACAAAACCUCUGGUGCCUCUGUAUGACCCAGAUUAGAUCCUACAACAUUAUCCUGGGUCACAUAUAUUCACCUUUAUUCAUGACUUCUAUAUCUAUAGUAAAGAAUAAAAUUUGCACUUUUGCUUGCGUUGCUUCUAUUUUAUGCCUGUUUAGAAAAGCAGCAAUUAUUCUUUCCAGUUAAAAAAAUGUUCCAUGUCUGUUGUCAGGGAGCUCGCUAUCAAUCAGAAAAUUAUCUGAAGACUGAACCCAAUUUUUUUUAAUAUUACUGAGAUUGAUAAAAGCACUGACAAGUUUUCACCAGUCUUGUCACUGUAUGGAAAGGAUUAAACAAAAAAGGCCCUUUUUACUAAAACAAAAUAGUAAUACUUUUUAGGGCUUUAGCAUAGAGUCAGUUUAUUGAAUCCUUCAGAUUGGACUGCAGUAUCAUACCUCCAGCAUUAAGGAGUUUCAACUAUCUUAUAAUUGCAUAUACACCGAGUGCUUCUGUACCAGAGACAAAUUCCUUGUUUGUCUAAUCACAUUUGGCCAAAUAAAGCAUUCAGUUUAAUUCAAUUUAGAUAAUUAAAUAAAUUUUGGUUUAUCUUUUUAAAGUACUUAUUACUUAUUGAAAAUAUAUCAAAUUCUUUUCAGAAUGGAGAUACACACCUGUGUAUCCAGUGAAUCCUAUAUAGUGAAUUCUAAAUAUCUACCCUGUACUAGUAAAUUUAGUUUUUGGCACUAAACUGAGACCAUUGUACUACUUAAUAUGUCAGAUAAUUAAGCAUACCAGAAAAAAACAGGAUUAGGGUAUUUUCCAGAAGAUACUCUGCUUGCACUCAGGAAGCAAUUAAAGAUCCUGUCUUAUCAGUUGUAAAAGUAAUUUCUUCCUUUAUAUUUUCUGUUUGUACUGUGUGCCAUCUGUUUCUUUUGAUGAAGUUCUGUAGCUUCCUUGGAAGUUUACUUUGGCU